AUAUACACAACAUAAAAUUUGUCCAAACUAUUUUCAAGUGUUCAGUUCAGUGGUAUUAAACAUUCUUAUGCAACCAUCUCCACCAUCCAUCUCCAGAACUUUUUCAUUUUCCCAAACUGGAACUGCACUCAUUAAACAAUAACUCCCUGAUCCCCUCUCAUCUAAGUGGAACCAUACAGUAUUUGCCUUUUUGUGACUGGUUUUUUUUUUUUUUUUGAGACGGAGUCUCACUCUGUUGCCCAGGCUGGAGUGCAGUGGUGCAAUCUCGGCUCACCGCAACCUCCAUCUCCCGGAUUCAAGCAAUUCUCCUGCCUCAGCCUCCUGAAUAGCCAGGAUUACAGGUGCCCGCCACCACGCCCAGCUAAUUUUUGUAUUUUUAGUAGAGACGAGGUUUCACCGUGUUGGCCAGGCUGGUCUCGAACUCCUGACCUCAGGUGAUCCACCCGCCUCGGCCUCCCAAAGUGCUGGGAUUACAGGUGUGAGCCACUGCGCCCAGCCUUGUGACUGGUUUAUGUUACUGGGUGUAAUGUCUUCAAGGGUCAUCCAUGCUGCAUCAUGUAUCCGAAUUUCAUUCCUUUAAGGUUGAAUGGUAUUGCAUGGCAUGUAGACAGCACAUUUCGUCUGUCUCAUCGGUGGGUGAACUGAUGUGAACCAUUGUGAAUAAUGGGGCCAUGAGCAUGGGUGUAUGAACAUCUGUUCAAGUCCCUGCUUUUGAUUCUUUUGAAUGUGUACCCACAAGCAGCAUUGCUGGAUCAUACGGUAAUUCUAUUUUUAAUUUUUUGAGUCAUGAUCAUAUUGUUUUUCACAGCGGAUGCACCAUUUUAUAUUCCCACCAACGGUGCCCAAGGGUUCCAAUUUCCCCAUAUCCUCUCCAACACUUAUUUUGUUUUAUUGUUUUGCUUUUCACAGUUACCAUCCUGAUGGGCACAGGGAUGCUUGCAAAGUGACAAACUUUACAUCUUCCCAGAGGCAUCCCAGGUCACCCCACCUGGCACUGCGGACGCCCACGUGGCCCCACCCCUCACUUGGCAAUAUUCUCAUCAAGUGUCAGCACUAGCUAAUUGUAUUGACUGCCUCCUGGCUGGACUCUAAGAGACAGUGUCUUUUAUUGCAUGCUACAUCCCCAACAUCCAGAACAGUGUCAGGCAAACAGUUGUUUAAUAAACGGUGGAAGGAAGGAAGGGAGGGAGGGAGGGAAGGAGGGAAGGAAGGUGGGUAGGUUGGUUUCUAUUUUCCACCAAAAUAUUGAGGCCCUCUCCUGCCUGUCCACUUGCUCUGGUGCGCCUCUCAACCCUCGCGCCCCACCUGGACUCAAUCCCGCAGUCCUGCCUCUCCUUCCUGGGGCCCCCGGGGAAGAACCCCGACAGCGGCCGGCACAUUUGAGUGGGGCCCUGGACGUUUGGGGAGGUUUGGACACAUUCCCGAAUGCCUCCCUGCUGUGGGUUAGGUGGGCCUGUCUCGGGCUGGCAGCGAGGACAACGUUGUGGCUAGGUCGUCAGUUAGUGAGCCAGCACGGUCUGAGCCGCCACACUCCGCGCCCCGCCCACGCGCCCCGCCCUUUCCAGUUUUGCCUCGCCUGCUCGGGUCUUCGCUCCUGUAACCCCUACGAUCUUAGCCCCGCCCCCGUGGUGUCGUGGGUCCACGCUACUGGUCCUCUCCUAGAAAGCCGCGAAAUGACCAGUUCCUCAUUGGCCACACGUUCUCCCGCGCCACCACCGCAGCCACAACAACCGCCACGUGCUCAACCUUGGCGCCUGCCCAUUGGCCACCAGCCUCUACCCGCCCACUCUCCCUUUCCGCCCCUAAUUUCCCUCUUCUUCCUUCCAUUGGCUGUCGGGCUCAGGGGCUCUCUUUUCAGCCUGGGGCGCGCAGCGCCUCGGAUGCGGAUUGGCCGAAGGCGGCGCUGGGAGGCGGGUUAAAGAGCGCGUUGCUGGCUGGGCCACGCGUGCUUGAGAAGGUUCAAUGGCGUGGCAGGGACUAGCGGCCGAGUUCCUGCAGGUGCCGGCGGUGACGCGGGCUUACACCGCAGCCUGUGUCCUCACCACCGCCGCGGUGCAGCUGGAGCUCCUCAGCCCCUUUCAGCUCUACUUCAACCCGUACCUUGUGUUCCGGAAGUUCCAGGUCUGGAGGCUCGUCACCAACUUCCUCUUCUUCGGGCCCCUGGGAUUCAGCUUCUUCUUCAACAUGCUCUUCGUGUUCCGCUACUGCCGCAUGCUGGAAGAGGGCUCCUUCCGCGGCCGCACGGCCGACUUCGUCUUCAUGUUUCUCUUCGGGGGCGUCCUUAUGACCCUGCUGGGACUCCUGGGCAGCCUGUUCUUCCUGGGCCGGGCCCUCAUGGCCAUGCUGGUGUACGUGUGGAGCCGCCGCAGCCCUCGGGUGAGGGUCAACUUCUUCGGCCUGCUCACUUUCCAGGCACCGUUCCUGCCUUGGGCGCUCAUGGGCUUCUCGCUGCUGCUGGGCAACUCCAUCCUCGUGGACCUGCUGGGGAUUGCGGUGGGCCACAUCUACUACUUCCUGCAGGACGUCUUCCCCAACCAGCCCGGAGGCAAGAGGCUCCUGCAGACCCCUGGCUUCCUAAAGCUGCUCCUGGAUGCCCCUGCAGAAGACCCCAAUUACCUGCCCCUCCCUGAGGAACAGCCAGGACCCCAUCUGCCACCCCCGCAGCAGUGACCCCACCCAGGGCCAGGCCUAAGAGGCUUCUGGCAGCUUCCAUCCUACCCAUGACCCCUACUUGGGGCAGAAAAAACCCAUCCUAAAGGCUGGGCCCAUGCAAGGGCCCACCCGAAUAAACAGAAUGAGCUGCAGUCUCUUGGCCCACAGCACUGGCUUCCCCAUCUCACCCGGCCACAUCCUUCUAUGCCUGCCCCGUCCUCACUCAGUGUGGCCUCUCAGCCCAACUGCAGGUGGUAGGAUAGGGGUGCCCACAGAGGGCAAAGAAACUGCCCAUGGUUGCCUGGCAGAGCUUUGAGCUCACAGGUUGCCAGGCAGAGCUUUUGAGCUCACAGGUGACAGGCUCAGGGUUCUCAUCCUGGCCCCACCAGGGCCUUGGGCAAGUCCUGCCCACCAUAGGCCUCUGCUACCUGCCAGUCAGCGGGGAAGUUCACCAGAUUUCGGCUGCUGGGGCCAGGACAGGCCUCUCCUAGGUUGUGCCAAACCAGCCUACAGAUGUUCCUGCCAGUGGUGCCUUCAGGCUGAUGCCAAUCUAGCCUCUCCUGUCUCUCAUCAGCCACCCUGACAGGUGGGCGUAUGCCUCAUUUUUCAUCUGGUGAUGCCAAAGCCCCAUGGAUUCAGGUGCAGAAGAGGACCAGGACUGGGUCUUCUGCCCUUUCUAUGACCUCAGAGCCUAAGUUUUCACCUUAGCAGAGUCCUGAGACUGGGUGAGGCAGGGACUUCUGGAAGGUUCUGUUCCUGCCCUUUUUAGCUGAGGACCUGUGUGAGCCUUAUCCGACCCCUGUGGCUCAUUUUUCUCUUCUGACCUGGCAGCUUUCCUUGUUGUUCUAAGCCUGUCCAUGUUGUGCUUUAUUUCUGGAUGCUCAGUGGCACGGGGCCUCCUCCAAAGACAGGUUGUCAUUUUCAUGGUAACAACACUGUUCUCUGUUGAGUCUGCCCUCCGUGUUGUAGCCAGACCUUGUGGAGAUGGCUUUGCGGCGGUGUGAGCUGGCGGUCAGGAGUGAGGGCCCAGCCUUCCCGGCACCUCCCAGCCAGGUGGCCCUGCCCGACCUGUGGGGUGAGGCAGCCAAGGUUCCUUCCAUCCCCCCAGUUGUGGAGACACAGGGCUGCCUCACCCUUUCAUUGCCGAGGUUCCUACCUCAUGGACAGAACAAACACCUCAGCAAUGAAACCUGUUCAUGUCUAAGAGCAGCUGGGCUGGGAAUCUUCCCCUUUGUUCAAGGCCUUCCAGUAAGGCCCAGCUGUCCCCUUGCUGUGCAUGGGGCUCUGGGGAGUUCCACUCUUUGAUGGAGGGCACAGGCCCUGCGUGCAAACUCCCUGGGAAGAGUCUCUUGCUAACAUGUGCUCAAAGGAGCCCCCCUCUCACAUCUCAGCGACUAAGAACCCCAAUCCCUAAUCAGAGCUCUGCCUCUGCCCCACAUGGGGCCCUACCCCACUUCCAGGGAGCACAGCAGCCUCUGACCCUAGCCCUGCCCUGGCAGCAUGGGACCUGCCAACAGCUGAGGGUGGCAGCAGUCUGUGCUGGGAUCUGUGCCCGGAUCUGUGCCCAUUCUCUUCAGUAAGGCUGGAGCUGCGAGCCAGUUUGCUGCCCUCCCAGAUCCUGUGUCCAUUCUGAAGAAUGGGGACACCUCCCUAUUACAGAUGAGAACAGAGGGGACAUAAACUCCUUGGAGGCAGGGCUGGGAAGGGACCCUGGGCUGUGUCUCCUCCCUGUACCUUGUCAACUCCAAGAGCUGGCACCAGGCCGGGAGGGCUAUUCCCAUAUUCCUCACAGCUGGCUUGUGAGGCAGGAGCUGGCCCAGGCCACAGCACCUGCUGGGGUGGGAAAGGGCCCCAGCUGACCUGGCUAUGGGUGCCACUGGAGCUAGAACAGCCCUCCUGCACCCAGGCUGGCGACAGCCCAGCAGUGCCCACACAGGACUGGGCCCUCCGCAGGGGACUUCAGAGCAGCAAGGCCCCAGCUGGCAGUAGCCUGACCAUCUGGACACAGCAGAGCCAGGGCGGCCCAGGGACAGCAGGAGAGCUCGCGGCACCUUCCUGAGGCCAAGCAAGGGGAGCAGGGUUAGGGCUGUUCCUGAAAGGCAGAGAGCCUCUGCCCUGAGCCUCACAGCUACUCUUCUCAGCUCUCUGGGUCUGGAAGGAGAACAGGCUGAGGAGCUGAGAGGAGCUGAGGUGCUACGGUGCUACCCGGAGCCCCAUUCACCCCCACCUGCCCACCUGGGAACCUGAGGCAGAGGAGGGUGAGGCCUGUGUGCCAACCUUGUUCACAUACCACCUUCGUCCCCCCAGGCCCCGGCCCCACUCCUGGCUCUCAUUAUUUUUAUGUUAAAACUUUGAAGAAAUUGAACAUGACCUGUUGAAGAAAUUGAA